AGCUGGUUUCCGGGGCCGCUGGUGUGACGUGUCCAGCGCUUGGCGCAGCAGGAAGCGGCGGCGAUCGCGGCCCGAGUUCCCGGCGCCGGUCCCAGCUCCUCUCUCGCUGCCGCCAUGCUCGACUUCUUCACCAUUUUCUCCAAGGGCGGCCUUGUGCUCUGGUGCUUCCAGGGCGUGAGCGACUCUUGCACCGGGCCCGUUAACGCGUUGAUUCGUUCCGUGCUGCUGCAGGAACGGGGAGGUAACAACUCCUUCACUCAUGAGGCCCUCACACUCAAGUACAAACUGGACAACCAGUUUGAGCUGGUGUUUGUGGUUGGUUUCCAGAAGAUCUUAACACUGACAUACGUAGACAAAUUGAUAGAUGACGUGCACCGGCUGUUUCGGGACAAAUACCGCACUGAGAUCCAACAACAGAGUGCUUUAAGUCUAUUGAAUGGCACUUUUGAUUUCCAAAAUGACUUCCUUCGGCUCCUUCGUGAAGCAGAGGAGAGCAGUAAAAUCCGUGCUCCCACUACAAUGAAGAAAUUUGAAGAUUCUGAAAAGGCCAAAAAACCUGUGAGGUCCAUGAUUGAAACACGAGGCGAAAAGCCCAAGGAAAAAGCAAAGAACAGCAAAAAAAAGGGGGCCAAAAAAGAAGGUUCUGAUGGCCCUUUGGCUACCAGCAAAGCACCCCCAGCAGAAAAGUCAGGUCUCCCUGUGGGGCCUGAGAACGGAGAACUUUCCAAAGAAGAGCUGAUACGCAGGAAGAGAGAGGAGUUCAUUCAGAAGCACGGGAGGGGUAUGGACAAAUCCAGCAAGUCCAUGAAGUCAGAUGCUCCAAAGGAGAAGGGCAAAAAAGCACCCCGAGUGUGGGAACUAGGUGGCUGUGCUAACAAGGAAGUCUUGGAUUACAGUACUCCCACCACCAACGGAACCCCAGAGGCUGCUCUGUCGGAGGAUAUCAACUUGAUUCGAGGGACUGGGCCUGGGGGGCAGCUUCAGGAUCUGGAUUGCAGCAGCUCAGAUGAUGAAGGGGCUGCGCCAAACUCCACCAAACCUAGUGCUACCAAGGGUACUCUUGGUGGCAUGUUUGGGAUGCUGAAGGGCCUUGUGGGUUCCAAGAGUUUGAGUCGUGAAGACAUGGAGUCUGUGCUGGACAAGAUGCGUGAUCAUCUCAUCGCUAAGAAUGUGGCUGCAGACAUUGCUCUCCAGCUUUGUGAAUCUGUUGCCAACAAGCUGGAAGGGAAGGUGAUGGGGACAUUUAGUACGGUGACUUCCACAGUCAAGCAAGCGCUGCAGGAGUCCUUGGUGCAGAUUCUGCAGCCCCAGCGUCGUGUGGACAUGCUCCGGGAUAUCAUGGAUGCGCAGCGUCGCCAGCGCCCUUAUGUUGUCACCUUCUGCGGUGUUAACGGAGUGGGGAAGUCUACUAAUCUUGCCAAGAUUUCCUUCUGGCUGUUAGAGAACGGCUUCAGUGUCCUGAUUGCUGCCUGUGAUACUUUCCGGGCUGGGGCUGUGGAGCAGCUUCGUACACACACCCGGCGGCUGAGUACCCUACACCCGCCUGAGAAGCAUGGUGGCCGCACGAUGGUGCAGCUGUUUGAGAAGGGCUAUGGCAAGGAUGCUGCUGGCAUCGCCAUGGAAGCCAUUGCCUUUGCACGUAACCAAGGCUUUGAUGUGGUGCUGGUGGACACGGCUGGCCGCAUGCAAGAUAAUGCCCCCUUGAUGACUGCCCUGGCCAAACUCAUUACUGUCAAUACACCUGACUUGGUGCUGUUUGUGGGGGAGGCCUUAGUAGGCAAUGAAGCCGUGGAUCAGCUGGUCAAGUUCAACAGAGCCUUGGCUGACCAUUCUAUGGCUCAGACACCUCGGCUCAUUGAUGGAAUCGUCCUAACCAAAUUUGACACCAUCGAUGACAAGGUGGGAGCUGCUAUUUCUAUGACGUACAUCACAAGCAAACCCAUCGUCUUUGUGGGCACUGGCCAGACCUACUGUGAUCUGCGCAGUCUCAACGCCAAGGCUGUGGUGGCUGCCCUCAUGAAGGCUUAACGUGUCUCUCGCCUAAUACCAAAUUGCCACUUCCCCAAAAUGCCCCUGUCCCUAUAUCAAGAAUGUGCUUUAGAGUAUGUGAGCAAUUUGUCUUCAGUGUAGUACAAAGGCAGAGCAAGGGGAGCUCCAGGUUGUGUAGCUCCUCCAAACCCCGCCCCUGCUCAGCCCAGCCUCCACCUGCAAGGAGGGCCUAAUCAUGUUACAAUCACUGCCUACCGCCCUGCCUUCUCCCCAUGAGCUUCCCUCCUACUCAGGCAUCCCCUUCACUCUGCCUCCAGACUCAGUCUCAUUACAGCUUUGACCAAUGGUUGGAAGACCCAACACCAGAGUUUUGACAAUUAAGGUGGGCCUAGAGGUAUCUGAGCCUAAGGAGCAGUUUGCAAUCCCAGCCGGCUCCACUAAGUUAAGAGACUCUGCUAGGCCAGCCCUGGGCCCUGAGUGGCACCUGUCCUUAGGAUAUAUAUACCUUUCAGGUCCCAGGUGCCAGGAUGAUACCCACCUCACUGUGGCAGUGUACAGCCUAUUAAUUGCUGCUAAUUCUAAAUCUGGUGAUGAACCCCACCCCAUGGUUUCCCCAGAGCAUCAGCUAGGCCAGAGUGAUUUGUUAAAAAUGAGUGCAGGGUGAGUCCCUGCUUCCCUCAGACAGGGAGCCAAGCUGCAGUGUUGCAUUGGGCUUCUCAGACUUCAGCUCCUUCGCCUCCCAGAAUCCAGAUGUAAGCUUUGCAUGUGCCCCUUCCUGGGAGAAAACCAGUUUUCAGGAGGGAACCCAUUGCCUUCUUCCCACCCUACCCUUUUCCCCUUGAGCAGGCCCUGGCUUUUCCUCACCCUCUCUUCUACAGUGCCUGGUAGACAAGUGCUACAUUGACGAACACAAACCUCUUGUUAAGACCUGUCCUGUAGCUUGGUAUUACAGAUGUGCUGUUAGUGCAAUAAGGUGAAGGCUGUCUGCCCAGAGAAAUACAUAAUUUAUAUGAGAAAAUAAAUUUCAUAAAUAAA